CCUUGACUCAAAAAAUAAUAUAUAUGGAAUUUCUUUAAUUUGUCCCAUUAAUAUAUAUUUUCCCCACUUUCUCACUCUCCAUCUCUCUAUAUAUAUAAUACCCCAAACCACUAGAACCUAAAUCAAAAUAAUUCCUUGAGAAAGAAAAAAAACAAGAGGAAAUAAUUAAAGAAUGAGACCACCCACACAAGCCCUAUCUUUUUUCAUAUUCUGUAUAAUCUUCACAUACAUUUGCAAGAAGAGCAUUAAAAUGCUCCCAAGUUCAUCUUUCAUCAACUAUGUCAUAUUCAUAGCCACACAGCUCAAAUGGGCUUGGGAUUUUCUCCUCCUCCAGUCCUUCUGCCAGGCGGGACGACGCCCGCCGUGCGUCUUCGAAGCGUCGGCCGUGGGGCCCGCCGUGAGGCGGUUCGAGGGCGGGUCCGCGGUCGAGUGCGCGGUGUGUCUGUGCCCGGUGGAGCGCGGGGAGGAGGUUAGGGAGUUGAGGUGCGAGCACGUGUUCCAUAGGGCCUGUUUGGACCGGUGGCUGGGCACUGGGCGCAUGACGUGCCCGUUGUGCCGCAACCACGUGAAGCCGCCGCAUGCGGCGGCGGCGGCUUUGUCUGGACUUCACCACCACGAAGUCAUCGUGUUUGAUGUCUUUGGUGGUGGCAGAAGCCACCGGGACCGGAGCACGUGGUGGCUCCGGUAGCGGUUGACCGCAAGAUAGUGGCAUCGUGGUGGUGUCAGAGUAGAACUUUUCUAAGAAUAAGUCACUCCUUGAAGGCGGCGGUCCGAUGAUAUUACAACGUUGUAAACCUAACAUUUUCCGACAACAUUUUUAUAAUGAUGAUGACGAUAUCUUUCUUCUUGUUAAACGAAGUACUCCGUAUUAAUUAGUUUGGUGGAUUUAAUUUACUUUAGAUUGAUGGAUCAAAGAUGUUUAAUUAUUUUCAUUAUUUUGUGAAUUUAAUACUUCGCAUAAUCGAGUGUAUUUUAAGAUAUAAUUUUGAUAUAUUAUAUGAGUAUAAAUUAUUGUAUAAAGU